AUGUCACGGAAAGAGCAAGAAGGGGAUAAAUGGGACAGUGAACUCACGCAGGAGCUGCGGGUCCACGUCCUGGAGCAGCUCUCGGGCCUGCAGAGCAAGCAGCAGCGGGACGCCGAGCUGCUGGAGGACAUCAGGUCCUACAGCAAGCAGAGGGCCACCAUCGACAGGGAGUAUGGACAGGCGCUGGACGGGGACCUGUACGAGCGGCUCCGGGAGCACUUGUCAGCCGCCAGCCGGACGGAGGUGGAGACCUGCCGGGCCACGCGGGACUGGUUCCAGGGCGUUGCAGAGGCAUCCGCGCGGGUGUGCCGGGAGCAGGACCUCCUCCUCUUCCUGCAGGACCACCCCGCCUUCUCCCUGGCCCCCGAGCAGCGCUUCCAGCUCACCGGGGUGGAGGAGGUGUGCCUGCUGCCGCCAGGGGAUGAUGGAGCCAGCCUGGAGAAGGAGGCCCGGCGCUGGGCCACGCGCGUGACCCGGGACCGCAAAAACAAGGCACACAGCGAGGAGGUGCUGCAGAGGCUGGAGGCCAGGCGGCAGCAGGUCCCCGAGGGGGAAGCGGCGACCGUGGAGCGGCAGAUGGAAGAAGCGAGGGAAAACAUCCGGAAGGCGGAGGUCAGUCGAGUGAAGGCCGAGGCUCGGCUGGCACUGCUGCGGGCAGCAGGGCUGGACGUGGAUGCCUGGCUGGCGGGGGCCAUGGUGGGGACAGGCGAGGAGACACCCACGGGGCUGGAUCCGGCCGAGUUCGAUGACUACGAGGACAGUGACGAGCCAGACGGGGACGAUGAGCCUGGUCCUGCUGCUCGCACCUACCCCUACACCUGCCGGGUCAUCUUUGGGUACCAGGGCUGCCAGGCGGACGAGCUGUCCAUCACCCAGGGCGAAGAGCUGGAGGUCAUCGAGGACGGGGACGCAGAGGAAUGGGUGAAGGCUCGGAACAAGGCAGGCCAGGUCGGCUAUGUCCCCGAAAAGUACCUGCUGUCCCUCGGGUGCGAGUCAGGGGCCGGGCUCGGCCCCCCAGGACCCUCGGCAUUGCACCGCCAGCUCUCCAGCAUCAUGGCAGCAGAACUGGUGCUGGAGCCUGGAGGACUUCGGACUUGA